CGCAGCUUGUAUCAUACCAAAGUGUUUCAGCUAAUUGCAUAGUUGCGAUAUUUUUGUCAAGUGUGAGUUGUUUGUGAUAUUUGGUAUACCGUUGGUGUUGGAAAAUGGAUCGUUUCUUAGUUAAAAAGAGAAGAAUAAGUUAUCAAGAGGAACAAGAUGUUGAGGAACAGUCUGGUUUGUCUCAGUCUCAUAACCUAAUGCCAGUUGAUGAACCUGCAGAGGAUCAACAAUCGACCUCGACAUCGGUUGAUAAUGUAAAUAGUUCUUCUCACGACAUUGGUUAUUAUUUACAAAACAUUUCAAGUUCAAAUGAUCACUCAAAGUAUAUUAUUUUAACUCAACACUGGACACCCGAAAAAAACUACCAAUUCCCUACGUCUUCUCACAUCAAAAGAGGACGUGAGGAGCUAAGGCGAGUGAAUCAUGGGCACUUCGAAAAAUACCCCUGGUUGGUAUUUUCCGAAUUCAAACAAGGGCUAUUUUGUAAAUAUUGUGCCGUUUUUUGCCACGGAAAGAAAGCUGGCGGUCAAAAUACAGUGCCUUUGAGAAAGUUAGUAUCCGAACCAUUGAAUAAAUACGCAAAACUUUCUGGAAAAGAUGGCGACCUUGAGUCUCAUAACUCUAAUGAGUAUCACAAGAAAGCUGAACUUGAUUCGAAAAACUAUAUAAAAAUCUUCGAAAAUCCUGACCUUAGGAUCAAAAUAGUAAAUAGGUUGGAUCAAAACAGAAAAGAACAGGUGGCACAAAACCGUUUAAGACUGGUGCCGAUAAUCAAAACUAUAUUGUUACAUGGCAAGCAAAACAUUCCACUGAGGGGACAUCGUGAUGAUGGAAAUUUGAUGGAAAGUGCAGACAAUCCCGUGGAGAAUGAUGGUAAUUUUAGAACACUGUUACGGUUCAAAAUUGACAGUAGUGACACUCAACUUGCAGAACACUUGAAAUCCAGUGGUGCCAAUGCUACGUACAUAAGCAAAACUACGGCCAAUGAUUUGAUUAACUGUUGUGGCGAGGAAAUUUUAGAUGAAAUAAAACAAAGAGUUUCAAAGGUAAAGUUUUAUUCAAUUUUGUUUGACGAAAUGACUGAUGCAUCUCAUACUUCCCAGCUAAGCCUCUCUCUGCGUUAUGUAUAUAAAGAUGUCAUAAGAGAAGAUUUUGUUGGCUUUAUUGAUCUUCAUAAAGCCAACUACUCUCAUGUUGAUGUUGAUCUCGAAGUGGAACCUGUUAUAACAGGGGAAAUCCUAGGUCAGACGGUGGUGAAUUUUAUGAUAUUUUUGGGGUUAAACACGAAUAAUUGUGUUGGAAUAAGUUGUGAUGGCUGUUCCGUCAACAUGUCUGAAAUGCGGGGUGCGGUUACAGAGAUACAAAAGGUGGCGACCAAUAGCAUUAUGUGUGGGUGUAAAAACCAUGCAUUGAACUUAAGCAUAUCCAAAUGUAAUAAGGUCCAACACGUAAGAAAUGCUCUAGGAACCAUCAAAGAAGUAACAAGCUUUUUCAACUCAUCAGGAAAAAGAAAUUCAGUUUUGAAAAAGGUGUUGGGACAUCAGAUGAGAGGCUAUUGUGAGACGCGUUGGGUAGAGCGUCACGAGGCUGUUUUAGAAUUCACAGAAGACAUGCCUAAAAUUGCGGAAGCUCUCAAAUGCAUAUCACAGUGGAGGGACAGCACAACGUCAAGUAAAGCCCGCGCUCUGUUGUGCUCAAUUUCAACUUGUGAUUUUAUCAUCACAAUGCAUUGCCUGAGUGACACAGCAGAUGUUACAUGUGGUCUUAGUAAAUAUCUACAAACAGAAGCUAUAGAUGUAUGCUCAGCCAAAAGUAAAAUUGACAAUAUGAUGAAAACCAUUCAGAAUAAAAGAGACAAGACCAACGAAUUCUUCCUUUUAAUUUUCAGUAGUGCUGAAAAAACCAUGGACGCGAUGGAUGUACAAAUGCGUGUCCCCAGAAUUGUACAGAAGAAAGUUAAUAGGCCCAACUACACACUAUUAACAGGUGACAACCAACGAUCACAAGUUUCAAAGUAUUGGGAAACUGCUGUUUACAUACCGAUUCUAGACAAUCUCAUAACUGAUUUGACAAGCAGAUUUUCAGACGAGUCUUUGGAUUGCUACAAUCUAAACAUUUUAGUUCCAUCAACGUUAGAUUCCGUGUCAAAUGUGAAAUCCAGCUUUGAAAGUAUUUGUGAUAAAUACUCUUCUGUAUUGUCAAUUAAAAAGGAAACAAUGCUAAUGAAGAUUUUGAAUGAGAUUUGCUCCCUAAAGAACAUGGUUAACUACAACGUCUUCAAAGAAAUCAGUACCCCUAUGACGUGUUUUCAAAAUCUUGAUGAGCACAACUACCCUAUUUUGAAGUCUUUGGUGCAGAUCCUGCUUACUUUACCAAUAUCAAUAGCAACAGCAGAGAGAUCAUUUUCUACGCUGAGGCGAUUGAAAAGCUGGAUGAGGACCAGAAUGACCGAAGACCGCCUGACCGGACUGGCUCUCAUGAAUGUUCACAGGGAUAUAGAAGUGGACAUCAAUAAAAUUAUCGAUCGGUAUUCCAGCAAGAAGAAUAGAAAACUGGAUUUUGUAAUUUAAGGGAAAACAACGUAGUUUUUGUUAAGCCAAAGUAUUUUUGUUUUGUUUUAUAAUUUACUUCUAAUGUCAGUAAUUAAAUCAUACUAAACAUAA